AUGGAGAGCCUGUCACCUGAGGGAGCACCUGGCCAUUCUCACCAGGAGGAGGCCUCUGUCUGCUGGCGGCUCACCGUGAGGGUCCUGGAGGCACGGGGGCUGCACUGGGCUGACCUGUUCAGUGAGGCGGAUCUGUAUGUGAUGCUGCAGCUGCCAACAGCACCGGGAAUGAAGUUCAAGACCAAAACGGUCACCAACUCCAGUCACCCUGUGUGGAAUGAGACCUUCAGUUUCCUCAUCCAGAGUCAGGUCAAGAAUAUUCUGGAACUGACCAUCUAUGAUGAAGAUUUAAUUAAGAAGGAUGACAUCUGCUUCAAAGUUUUCUAUGACGUCUCAGAGGUCCUUCCUGGCAAGCUGCUCCGGAAAACCUUCCUUCUGAGUCCCCAGGGAGGGGAAGAGCUAGAUGUGGAGUUCCUGGUGGAAAAACUGUCGGACCCUCCAGAAAACCUCAUCACCAACAAUAUUCUUGUGGCUCGGGAGCUGUCAUGCCUGGAUGUCUCUCUAAACAGAGUGGGGAGUGCUGCCAUGGCAUCAGGUGAGGAUGAGGAGGAGCUGGAGCUGGAGCUGGUACUGAAGGGGUCAUAUGAGGACACACAGGCAUCUGUCCUGGGCACGGCCUCUGCCUUCAUCUUCCAUUACCCAAAAGCCCAAGACACAGAACUGAAUGGGACCCUGAAGAGAUCCAGAAGCAAUGGCUGGAACUUGGAUACCUCAGCUGGGCACCUCACUGUGCCCCUGAGGUCCUUGGCCACAGGGAAGAAGGUGACCAUGGACUUUCCUGCUACAAAUGCCCCAGGAGUGAGGCUUCAGCUCAGAGCAGACUGCUGUCCUAAGGAGUUGGCCGUGCGGCUGGGCUGUGGGCCCUGUCCCCAGGAAGAGGCUUUCCUGAGCAGGAGAAAGCAGGUGGUGGCCAAGGCCCUGAAGCGGGCCCUACAGCUGGACCGAGACCUUCAGGAAGAUGAGGUCCCUGUCGUGGGUAUCAUGGCGGAGGGAGGAGGAGCGCGUGCCAUGAUCUCGCUCUAUGGCCACCUGGUGGCACUGCAGAAGCUGGGCCUCCUGGAUUGUGUGACUUACUUCAGCGGCAUCUCAGGCUCUACGUGGACAAUGGCCCACCUGUAUGGGGACCCAGAAUGGUCGCAGAGGGACCUCCAGGGACCAAUCAGCCAUGCCCGGAAGCACCUGGCCAAGAGUCUUCUGAGGGCUUUCUCGCCUGAGUGCCUGGCAAGCUACUGGCAGACGCUGAAGCAACGGGCAGAGCAAGGCCACUCCACGUCUGUGGCUGACCUGUGGGGGCUGGUGCUGGAGUCCAAGCUGCACGGGCAGGUUAUGGAGCAGAAGCUAUCAGAGCAGAGAGCCACGCUGGAGCGAGGUCAGAACCCUCUGCCCCUCUACCUGAGCCUCAACGUCAAAGAGAACAGUCUGGACACUCUCCACUUUAAAGAAUGGGUGGAGUUUUCUCCCUAUGAGGUUGGAUUCCUGAAAUAUGGAGGCUUCAUCCCUCCUGAGCUCUUUGGCUCUGAGUUCUUCAUGGGACGACUGAUGAAGCAGCUUCCUGAGUCCCAGAUCUGCUUUCUGGAAGGUAUCUGGAGCAACAUUUUCUCUGUGAACCUGACGGACACCUGGUAUGAGCUCACUUCUGGGGAGACCUGGAAGCAAUACAUUGAGGGGAGGAAACAGAACUCAGAGAAGCAGCCACCAGCCUCCUGGGGAACUUCCUCUUGCGUGGAGGCAUCAUGGCUACAGCCUGGAACGGCCCUGGCCCAGGCAUUGAAGGGCAUCCUGACUGGUAGACCACUCCACCAACGUAGUGCCAAUUUCCUCCAUGGCCUCCAGCUGCACCGGGACUACCGUGUCCAGAAAGACUUCUCCACCUGGGCAGAAGGCCAGGUGGACAGCAACCCCAGCCAGCUGACCCCCCAGGCCCCCCAGCUCUGCCUAGUGGAUGCCGCCUACUUCAUCAACAGCAGCUGUCCCUCCAUGUUCCGACCGGGCCGCCGGGUGGACCUCAUACUCUCCUUCAACUACUCCCAAUCCUCCCCCUUUGAGGCACUGCAGCAGGCUGAGCAGUACUGUAGGGGCCAGGGUCUGCCCUUCCCCCACGUGGAGCUCAGCCCUGAGGACCAAUGCCAGCCCAAGGAAUGCCACCUCUUCUCAGACCCUGCCUGCCCAGAGGCGCCGGUCCUGCUGCACUUCCCGCUGGUCAAUGCCUCCUUCAGGGACUACUCAGCCCCGGGUGUCCAGCGUAGUCUUGCAGAGCUCAAGGCUGGCCAAGUGAAUCUCACUGGGGCCACCUCCCCCUACAUCCUGUGCAAUAUGACCUACACGGAGGAAGACUUUGACAGUCUGUGGCAGCUCAGUGACUACAAUGUGAGGAACAGCCAGGACACCAUCCUGCAAGCCUUGAGGACUGUUCUGCAGCACAGGGCCCCAGAGGCCAAGUCAUCACGGGUGCAUGUGUGA